AUGCGCUUCACCACCUCCUUUGUUGUCUGCUUCGCAGCAUCUUCUUCUCUUGUCGCGGCCGCGGAGUGGAAGAAGGUCAAGGUAGAUCCAAACGUAGCCUUGCUGCUUGCGAGGCAGAGCUUCGAUUCAUGCACCGGCCUCAGCUGCGCCAGUUGCUUUGGCGCCGGCAACAUCGUCUGUGCUGGCGACUCCUGUUUCAACCCUGACGCUGGCGAGCAAUGCUGUUCCGAUGGAAGUUAUUGCAUUGGUCCGGACUCCAGCUGCUGCACAGAUGGCCCUGGUGAAACCGGUAGUCCUGAGGACGACACGCCGACUGAAACCACGUCCGACUUUACUGCGUCCGCCACAUCUGCUGUUGCGAGCGCUACUGCAACGUCUUCUGACUCUGGCGACGACGAGUGGGACUGCUCCGCCUCCGAUUCUGGCGAAGAGUGCUGCCAACGCGGCGGCGACGACUAUCAUUGGUGCUGGGGCUUCUAUCCCACCAACUACUGCUACCGUCCUUCUCUCGGCGAGGUCUGCUGCACCGAUGGAAGCAGUUGCACUGGCGGUGCCGAUUGCUGUUCGCAAUACGGUGCCGUUGCAACGACCCCCAACCCUUCGGAUAGCGCUCCAACCUCUACCGCUUUUGGAAGCGCGUCUAGAUCCGCGAGCUCUUUCGCUUCCGGUGCCACUUCGUCCCUGUUUGACCUGACAAGUGGCCCCACCACGACCACCAGCAGCACCCGCUCCAAUCUCUCCAGUACCAGAAGUGCGACCGGAAGUGCGACCGGAAGUGCGACCGCCACGACUACCGGUCCGCUCCAGGUCACUGCGGCUGGAGGCGCAGCGCGUGCGCAAGACAUGUUUGCUGCCAUUGGUGUUGUUGGAGCUGGCCUCGCUCUCCUCUAA